CUUGAACUUUGAUAUCUCCAAGAUUCGGUGCAUUUCGUUCAACGGAUUAUGUGUCGAGACGAACUGUGCACGAUGAUCAGUACGACACUUACUUGGUUGCGCCUCCUGGUAACCAUGCGAAGCUCUGUCAAAACGCCAUAACUUAUGGCUCCGAGGAAACAUUGUUCACAUCAGGAAAACUCAAAUCCGGCUUAUGAUGCUUUUUUCUGUUUGCUGUCACAAAAAAAGACACUUCUUAUCGUGUGCUUAUUGGCUGUAAUAAGCCAAAACCAGCGAGCACAAGUCAAAAAUGAGAAAUCGCUUGUAAAGCACUCUAAAAAUAUCAUGCAAUGGACCCGGGCUAAGGAACUUCCGUCAUUGAAAUUGCGCGUUAAGAGCACUCACGCCGCGAUGGGAUGACUCUGUUGUGAAGCUUUCCGAUGAGCAGAUAGGAGAUGUCUCUGAGCUAUCG